AUGUCCACCAGCAGUGGAGGCCUAACAGCAUCCCCGUUAAACGGUAACCUGGGAUUCAACUGGAUUUUUCUGGUCGAGUUAAUUGUCUGCGGCGUGCUGAGCCUCUUCUUUCUCUUCUACUUCAAUCGGCUUUUUGCAACGCUUGUAUCCUACGGUCUGCGGGCAUGGACAUGGCAUAAGUACCGGGUGUAUAUCGACAUACAAGCUUUACAGAUAUCUCUAUUGGGGGGCAGAGUAUUCUUCAAGGGAUUCAGGUAUCAUGGAAAUAACGAAACCAUUUUGAUUCACAGCGGUUUUAUUACAUGGUGUUACUGGCAUUGGAAUGUCAGAGAACUGAACGUGAAACAGGGGAAAGAUGCAGACACGAAGCGCGUGUCCUCUGGGUCGGAAGAGGAGGAGGGCCAGAACCAACACAGUCGGACAUUCGAUAGAGCGGAGAAGGGUGGCACGAAAGUUUCUACGAAACUUCCCUGCCGCCUCAGUGUCUCCUUGAAUGGCGUGGAAUGGUUUGUUUACAACCGCAGUGCAGCGUACGAUGCCGUUAUCGCCGGCAUGACCCAGCCGGUCAAUGAACGUUUAGGGACGGUUUUCAGUGAGAUGACUGAGGAUGAGGAUUCAAAUAUUCGAUUUAGAAAGAGAGGAAAGCCUACUGGAUCAGGAGAGGUGGAAACUCCUUCCAACCGUUCAGCAGAUAUUGAGCGAGAUAUCCCACAGUUCACAGAGAAGCAUGAUUUCAAUGUCCAACGGGAUGAUACAAUACCCCCAACCUCGUCCUCAAACUCUCAAUCUGGAACGAUUGAAAUGGAUGAACAAGAUCACACCUACACGGAGGGACCCUUCAUCCUGCGGUUCCUCCCAAUUCAUGUCAGUUGUGUUAAAGCUGCAGUUGUUGUCGGAAACGAGAAUACCAAAAGCGUACUUAUUGUCAAGGCGGAGAAGGCGGAGGGAGAAAUUGAUGCGUCAGAGUCCAAAGCUUUGGAUCAAUACAGACAACUUUUUAAUUUCAAUUUCGAGCACCCCGUCGUCCAAAUGAAACCUAACGAUGACUACAAAGAAGACCAAACAACCGUUGCCUCACGAGUCAAGCGUGGAGACACGGAUCAGCCAGAUCCAAAAACGAAUCAUAUCCACACCCAUAGCUUCGUGCACCGUCAUCGCCGGAAGGUGUGGCAUGCCUUACAAGACCUUGUGCCUGCAUUCCGAAGCUCAGUAGACUCUCUUUCAAGCUCAGACGAACCAUAUGGGUCUUCGGCACAAACCGUGCACGGUUCGAAUGCCUGGAAGGGGCUUUCCCGAUAUAUUGACGAGAGCGAACAGGACGAUAAGGCUAGGUGGAAUUCUAUUGAGUACGCUACAGUUUCCACAAUCGUCGAUAGCCCCGAGGCCUAUAUGAGCUUCUAUUGGGACGUUGUAGGAACUGUCCCGGAACAAAGCAGCCAGUCAGACAGAGAUUGCGAAAAAGACUCGUUAAACAUCAACGGAGAUAUUCCACCUGAGUGGGGAUUGGACCUUUCACUAAAAGGGGGGCUUAUUAAUUACGGUCCCUGGGCGGAUAGGCAACGUGUUGAUAUUCAGCGAGUUUUCUUUCCCAGUUUAUGCAAGGACGCUUCCCCGAGCAAAAGUCUUGCACCUGGUCAAUUUAGGAUACCGACAGAAUUCAAAGUUUACAUAGAAUUCAAUGACGAGACUACGCUUCGCGUUCCGAUUAGAGAGGGGUCGAAAAACUGGAAGUGGACGAAACAAGCAGAUUCCGCAGACGCCAAACAAGGGGAGAAAAAGAGCCGUGGCAACAAGUAUCGCAGGAGAAAGGCCGAUAAGGGGGCUGCUGGACCAGAAAUUCGUCCGUUCGGCUGGCUUGAUAUUAAGGUUGGGGCAAAUGCAACUGUGGCAUACAGAAUGGAUAUGGUAGCAGGGUCAUCCGGUUUUGCAAACAAAUUGGAGCUCGACCUGCCAGAUACCGAAAUUACAACAAGCGUCAACCAUGGCUUGCUCUGGCGGUCUGUUGAAAAUCGAAUUUCCUGCGACCUGUCCAACCCUCUCCAGUGGAACGGCCUGCGCACGUGGAAAUUUGAUAUUACAAGCAAUGGCCUAGAGCUCUUUAUCCUUCGAGAGCAUGUGUUUUUGCUUAUAGAUCUUAUCGAUGACUGGGGUAGCGGACCGCCACCGGAGUAUCUUACAUUUUCGCCAUUUAUAUAUCUGGUCAACCUGCAUUUGGGCGAUUUCAGGCUGUACCUGAACGUCAACGACUCUAAUAUUAUAAACAAUCCAUCAGACUUUGACGAUAACACUUUCAUCAUCAUUUUCGGUUCCGUCCUGAAUUCAACCAUUCGCAUUCCGCUGGACAUAUAUCGGCCACACCGGAACGACAUAUCUUUUGACGUUGAUGGAAAACAUGGUGGACUCAACCUCCAUGUUCCCCCGUGGAAUACUCAAGCUACCUUUUUGAGCUCAACUGAGCUGGCUACAUUAAAGGAUCUUAGCAUUCGAGGCAAGUACCAAUACUGCGCCACAACAUCCACCAGCAAUACAGAUACGUUACUUCUUAAUGUACACGGCGACGCACCAUCUGCUCAUUUCUACGGCUUUGUCAUUCGGUACUUCCUCAAAAUCAAGGAUAACUAUUUCGGUGAUGACAUUCGAUUUAAAACUCUAGAAGAAUACCAGGAUGUACUUCGUGCGAGGCGCGACGGGCGCGAUGAAGGGCUUGACCGCCAACCUCACAAAAAGUCAAAUGACCUAGAUGUGAUUCUUGCAAUAACGGCUGAUGACUCAAGUGUCAUUCUUCCUGCAAAUCUUUAUAGCGCCAAAGAGCACACUCGGAUUGAAAUCGCUACUUUGGCUGCCGACCUGAGAUUUACCAACUACUACAUGGAUUUAGACGUUGUAUUGAGUACGUUGGCGUUUUCUCUGGGUAGCGAACAAUCUGGAACAUGCACACCUAUAAGUGCAACUUCCAGCACACAACUUUUCGUGGAUGGUGUUACUGCUUAUGGAAACAGGCUCUUUGGACUUCCUCCAACAGAGCCAACCUAUGUCUGUAACUGGGAUUUUGCCAUUGGCACUGUAACCGGCGAAUGCACAAUGGACUUCUUUGGUCGAUUGACGAGGGGCGCUAAAGCCUUUGCAUUUUCUUUUGAUGAUGAUGAAAAUGCCCUGCCAUCAAUUUCCGAGGUUAUACUGCACGACAUCACGUUUCUUCGUGCAUCAAUCGAAUCUGUCCGUGUGUGGCUGCAUGUCGAAGAAGCAGCGUUUCUGCUGUCUACAGCGAAGAUAUCAAUAAAUUUCAACGACUGGGCUGGGUCACAUUAUUCGAGCAAGUUAAACCUCACUGUCCCAGAGUUACAAUUGAGUUGUGUCGAUGCAGAGUCCGCAUCGAGACAUAGGUCACGAGUUCAGCAUCCAGUUGAAACACACGCCUUUGUUCGAACUGCUCUAUCAGUGGCUAUGAUCCAGCGGAAACUUGGGUUCGAGAAAGACCGACAACUACAACAGGAGCAUGUCAAACGCCAUGAUCAGCGGACCCAUAGGGCCGAUUUUUUGUUGCAUCCCUAUCUACUUGAUGAUUCGAUGCUGAUCGAUACGGACCCGCCAGCUAUGUGUGUUCCUUCUCUGCCUACGCCUGUUACACAGGAGACAGAAACACAUUCAGAAGCCCGGUCAGUAAAGUCGGACAAGUCGUCGUUGCAACAUCGGAAGCGUUUUACAGAACGUAAAGCCUCGUUUCUAUCCGUUUCGAGCUCAAGUCACAAAAGUGAUAGCAGCGUCCUCCGUCCACUGAGCUCACGCAGAUUGGGUGAUCCAUCUACCGUUGACUCUAGAUCGAGAAGCUUGCAGACUAGUGCUGGCCCCGGUCGCCGGACACCGCUAAGAGACGUCUCUACUUCAACGGGCCGGCGCUCCUCAUUCUACAGCGCUGUUGGAGAUUCCAGGGGCUUGCCCCCAUCUAGCGCUGCAUUAUCGAGUUCCUACAUGGCGCCAUAUUUUCCACUGGAGGCUGUGGAUCCGGAUAGUAAAGAUCUUCCUGUUAUCCCGCAAGAUUCAGAAAGCGACCUCGAGUGGAGUGAACCCGAUUUCAGCUUGGAGGAUAUUCAUCCCGACCACAUUGAUGGAAAUGCUACACAUUCUAGCUUUAUUGUGGAAUUACCGUCUGGUUUGGCUGGAGUCUUCAAUCCCAAAGCCGUUGAUGCGGUAGCAGGAUUGCUUACCGCUUUGCAAGUUGAUGAUCCAGUCGACAUACUAGAUGAACUUCAAAUUGAUUGCGGAAAUGAGAUACCGGAACUGAAGAAGCAGAAGAAAAUCGCGGGAAAUAUUGUUGACUUGAACGUACGAGCACAAUGGCUAAACUUUCGAUUUUUGAAUGCUUUUCCUGCUAGCAUCUCAGGGAACAUUCAGGAUAUGCACGAUCAAUACGACCUCUCCAUGCAUAGGCUCACUAUUACCGCUAGAUCUCAGACGAUGACAAGGAAAGAGGACUUAUCCCAAGAUGCUAGCAAAGCGUCGACGCUUCACUUGGCUCUGGAAUCAGCAAAUGUUUCUGCAAAGGAACGAUACAGUGAUAUAACCGACCCGCAAGCAGCCAUUAACGGAUUACUCGAGGACGUCACAUGCUGGGUAGUUUCGGGAGAGACUACUUCCGCAGCGGUAGCAUUCAAAGGCAUCGAGGUUGCUACUGCUAGCAGCAAAAUUGAAUACCUCGCCUCUUUACUCCAUCGCACUGGUGUUAUAGCUGCGGAUACAGCAGAAUCCUUCUCAUCUCUCAUUAGCCAGCAACGCAACCGCCUCCAACUCUUCACCUACCUGGUCGCCACCGCUGGCCAGCAAGCCGCAGACCCGCUCUUUUUAACCAGACCAUCAUAUGUGUUGCGCUCGGCUCCAGAUCAUCUACGAACCAGUGAUUCCUGGAAAAUUGUGACUCGUCUCCAUCAUAUGUACGAUAGCCUGGAUGCAUCAACAAAGGAAGGGAUCGCAACACGAUGCUUGAAUAAUUCAGAAUCGGUUCCAGAGUAUGCGCGGGAUCAUGUUCUCGCUGCUUUUGACAAUUGGAGAAGCUGGGAUCUGAAUGAUGUUAAGGGGUGCCGUAUGAUGAGAACUAUUUAUGGACAGAAGGCCGAAGAUGAUUCGCACACUCGGGAGCCAUCUCGACCGGCUAAACUAACCUUCAGAACCGAGCUGAUUCGACUCGUGCUUGAUCCUGGUCCUAAAGAGAACGAAAUAUCUUUAGUGGGUAUAUCUUCGACUUUCGAAGACAAGACUCUUGCGGUUGGCUCUGAGUCGGAACCACCACUAAACGCUGAUAUUACGUAUAUCACCACGAUACAGCUAUUCUGCGCCGAUGCUUCGAUCAAUCUAAAUUGGGAAUUGUGUGAACUAGUUGAUGAUAUCAUGAAACUGAAUCAGAAUGAACAGCCUUCAAACCCUGGGAGGAAUCCGUCUCCAGUUAGAUCUAGUCGGAGUACGCUAAGGAAGCUAAGACACGAACUCCAUGUGAUUGUCGCAACGGAUAAGGGCUCGAUCACCAUUGAUACUGUAAAUAUACGGCUUGUCUCAAUAAGUCAAGGUUUAACAGGAUCUUUUGUCAUGAUUGACAACGCAGUUGGCCAGACAAAAUCAACUGCAAACCUGAUGCUUGCUGCUGAAGCUGCCACCUCAAAGAUCAAAAGUCAUUCCCAGGACCUAUCUCUUUAUCAGAUUCGGUUCCCAAGCAUUUAUACCUCCUAUGAAAGGCAACUCGACGAUGGGAAACUGAUCAACGCAAUCAAGUUUGCUGGGAAUUGUCAGGAACUGUCCUUCGUCAUUCAACAGGAUAUUCUAGCUGUAAUUGAGGUGUUGGAUCUCAUUAUUGGAGAUGAGAUUGAACAACUUUACCGCUUGAGACAACGUCUGCCUGCAGCCGAGCCCCCGCAAACGCAGGCUAUAGACCUUGCCCACAAAACUUCUUCCUUAACGAAGAUCAACGUGGCACUGUUCUUAGAUAUGUACCAAAUCAGUAUACCUCUCCUUCAAUCCCUGACAUACGGCAUAUCUGGCACCGUGGCUAGAGCUUCGGUAGCAGCCCAACUGGGUUCUGAAGUCGUUUUUGAUUUUGAUAUCAAAGAGCAUUCUCAUGAUAUCCAAACUUCGGUUGCAAAUAAAUCCAAAGGCAUAUCGCUGUUGCAGAUGCCUCCCACAAACGGCUGUAUCACUUCAAAUAUUUCAGAGGCAGAAACUACAGUGUCUGUAUUUGCCUCAGUCGAACCCAUCAAACUCGAUGCUGCGGCUGUUCAUAGACUUCUGACUGCGCUGAACAGGCCAGAAAUCUCUAGUGUCAUAGCUGAUGCCCAAGCAGACAUCAAAGGAAUGCAAGCCCACAUUGAAGAAAUAUUUGGCCAAAGCCAAACGAUCGUUGACAGAAAUAAAGAGCAAACCAAGCCAUUCAUAUACGAUGCUCAUUUGACAGUGGCGGGUUUUGAUAUUUUUGCAAACGCGCAUGGGGCACAAGGAAACCCCAGUAGAGCAAGACUGGACUUCAACCUCGGGUGUGUGCAGUUGGUGUUUGCCAACCGCCUUGAGCAGAAUGGGCCGAUUCUUGAGUUCCCAGAACUACGCGUCAGCCUCCGGCAUAUCAUGUUUGAACUUUCUCGGUGGAAUAAAGAUUCCAUGCAGCGUUGUGGCAAUCUUUCUUUUGCAGCUUUCUUAACCGCCACAUCCAAGAUAAAUGACUCCGGUGAAGCGGUCAGAUCGUUCCAUCUCAAGAGCGAUGCCCUCAAAAUAAACCUGUUUGCCGAAACAGCAUCAUCGGUGGUGGAUGUUAUGGGUUACUUGCAAACCAAGAUUAAAGACAUCGAUUUGUCGCGCGAAAAGAAUUACCUCCGCAAGCUCCGCAAGUCAAAGCCCAGGAUCACAAUUAAUGAGGAAAAUGACAUAAGUGGCAGCAAUUCUGGAUCCGUAAUGUUCUCAUCGAUGUACUCAUUGGAGUUAUUGAACAUACAAGUAUGCUGGGUAGUAGGCACCUACAAUAUAGAUCCUUCUUCGAAACGGGAAAGAGAGGACUUGGUUCUAUCAUUGAAACGGAUUGAUCUCUCAACGAGGAAGGAGAAUACAGCCAGGUUGACGAUCGAAGAUCUUCAAUUGCAAAUGGUGCCUGCAUCCCAGGAUAAAACGCAAAGGUCCCUUAACUCUGCUUUACUUCCAGAGAUUGUAUUCAAUGCUGGGUAUGUGUCUACUACAGACGCCCGUCGGCUAGCGUUCCAGGCUGCAGGAAAGUCACUUGACCUCCGCUUGACCUCGCAGUUCAUGAUACCGGGAGAGGCGUUGAGAAAGUCGAUAAAAUCUGCAGCUGAUAAAGUUCGGGCAGCGUCAGCGACAUGGUCUACUCCAGUCCCCGGGCCUUCUACUAAGACGCCCCGCCAGACAUUCCUCGGCACCAAACGCAUGGAGUCUCUUCUCGUCGAUGCGUAUUUCGCGGGCGCGGUAGUAUAUCUAGCAGGGAAAAAGAUCUCUGAUACAUCCAAUGCGAUUCCAGGAAUCAAAGGCGGCAGAGCUCCUCAGACUGGGAGAUAUGGACAGUUUACACAGUCAGAUACCGGCAGCAAUACUGUACUUCGAGCCCCAGGGUUGGCGUGGAAGGUGGAGUAUAAAGACGAUGGACUAAAUGAGCCUUCCUUGAACGCGGAGAUAAGGGUCGACGCGUCCUCUAACAUCCUUUACCCUGCUGUAGUUCCUCUUAUCAUGGAGGUUUCAUCUACUGUAAAAGACAUCGUGAGCGACGAGGACGGCAACGGAGAGGAAUCACAACCCAAGGGAUCACCUCAAAACUUUAUGGGUACAGACGAAGACAACAUCUUAACUGCAGAUCCUAGUGCCGUUCUUGGCCGAACAAGGCUCAAUCUCGGGUUCCGCAUCUGUCGGCAAGAGUUUAGCCUUAGCUGUCAACCUAUAGCCCGAGUUGCAGCUACAGCCAGGUUUGACGACAUAUACAUCACCGUUAACACUGUCCGAUCAAGCGAGCAUGGUCACUUCUUUGCCGCUUCUGCCACCUUCUCGAACCUGCAAGCCUCGGUGCAACAUGUGUACUCUAGAGAAUCAACCGGCAGCUUCGAGGUCGAAUCCGUUUUCCUAUCCUUGAUGAAUAGUAGGCAUGUCAGCAAUACCAGCGGCCUCUCUGCAAUCCUUAAGAUUAGCCCGAUGAAAGUGCUGGUGAAUGCAAAACAACUACAGGACUUCCUUUUAUUUAGGGAGAUCUGGGUACCACCAGAAAUCCGGCAGCGCUCACCAACGCCGGUAUCUGCAAACUCAGCCCUACAGUCGCAAGCCUACCUCGUCCAGAGGUAUCAACAAGUUGCAGCGACAGGAGCGUUCCCUUGGAAUGCAACAGUCUCGAUUGCUGAGUUGGAUGUGCAGUUGGACCUGGGGCAGGCCAUUGGUAAAUCAGCCUUUAUAAUUUCCAACUUCUGGAUCUCAUCGAAGAAGAACUCUGAUUGGGAGCAAAACCUCUGCCUUGGCUUUGACAAGGUCGGGGUGGAUAGCACAGGAAGAAUGAGCGGACUGGUUGCCCUUCAGGACUUCAAAGUACGGACCUCAAUCCAGUGGCCGGCUCGUGAGAAGGCCCUCAAUCAGACGCCGCUCAUCCAAGGAUCCCUUGCAUUCAGUCAGUUUCGAUUCAAGGCUGCUUUUGACUACCAAGCUUUCCUUAUUGCGGAUAUUACUUCGUUCGAAUUUUUUAUGUACAAUGUUCGAAAUCGUUCUCCUGGCAUGGGUGAUCAUUUGGUUGCAGUCCUUGAUGGUGAAGCUGUACAGGUCUUCUGCACCACAACAACUGCAUCGCAGUCGUUGGCUUUGUACCAGGCAUUCUUGCGGCUCGUUAAAGAGAAAAGAGCCAAUUACGAGACAUCACUGGCGGAAAUCGAGAAGUUCAUGCAGCGAAAGACUGUCUCGUCCGUCUCCCAACCAACCACGCCUCAGCCCAAACCCGACCAGCAGCCAGAUGAGGACCAAUUGGCAAAGACCCCAAUCUCUCUUCAUACAGACGUGAUCGUCACCCUGAAGGCCGUCAAUAUUGGCGCUUUUCCAAAUACCUUCUCGGAUCACCAGGUGUUUAAAUUAGAGGUACUCAACGCGCAAGCCCGGUUUGCUGUGACGAUGGACAAGGGCAAGAUCCACAGCAACCUGGGGCUCACGCUUGGGCAGCUACGUAUAGGCCUUGCCGGCGUCAAGAUGAUUGACAUGCCCAAGUCAGUUGGGGAGAUAUCGGUGGAAGAUGUGGUAAGCAGCGCCACGGGUUCUCGUGGCGGGACGAUCUUAAAGGUUCCGAAGGUCGAAGCGAGCAUGCAAACCUGGCAGGUCCCCAGCUCCAACCACAUUGAUUACAUCUUCAAGAGCUCCUUCGAGGGCAAGGUAGAAGUUGGGUGGAAUUAUUCUCGUAUCAGCUACAUCCGGAGUAUGUGGGCGUCUCACUCCAAGGCUCUUGCGCAGCGGUUAGGGAAGCCUCUUCCGAUUACUGCGGUCAAGAUUACCGGGGUGCCAGAUGAGGAAUCGGGAGAGAGGAAGGAGGGCGAGCAGCAGAAGAUUACAGCCGAAGUCAAUGUGCCGCAGUCGAAAUACGAUUACACAGCUCUCGAGCCGCCCGUCAUCGAGACGCCGCAACUUCGGGACAUGGGCGAAGCCACACCACCGCUCGAAUGGAUUGGACUCCACCGCGAUCGGCUACCCAAUCUGACGCAUCAAAUCGUGAUUGUGACGUUGCUGGAGUUGGCCAGCGAGGUGGACGAUGCGUACGCGAAGAUUCUGGGGUCGUCAUGA